AGCAUGACGAUCGUGUGCCGUGUGCGUGCUUGGAGAUUUAUAUUAUCUUUGGCGAAAUGUGAUAAUCUAUGUUGUGAGGAUUGGUGACGUGUCAGAAAUGUCACAAAAUCUCAAUGUCUGUCUUUCAAUCGAAAUCUUGUACCAUUUGACUAAUUUUUAAAACAGAAACAAUGCUUAAUAAAUGUGGCUUAAGUGCUAAUAAUUAAAUCGAAUUUUUGCUUGGUCCUUAAUCUGAGCUAACUACCUCACGAAGUGUAUGGUGUUGUGUUGUAUCUGUUCAAUGUUCAAGUAUUUGAUGAGGGAAGGUUUUAAUAAUUUCCUCUGUAAAGUUGUCCAUAGAAUGCAAUGCUUCCUCGUCGUCGAAACAUCGGAGGUGUGACUGAUAGAUCUGCUACGGAUCUAGAGACUAAUUUAGAUACAUACGAUAAAUUGGACAAAAAGGGAUCUCAACAAUCUAAAUCGUACACACCUGUAACCAGCCAUUACUAUAACACGCAAUCUGUGAAUACCGCUGUUGAAGAAGAUUACAAAUUUGAUUUCCUUCAGGAGUUUGUAUUUGAAUCAGUGAUGGCAGCUCGAGAUAGGACCAAUGAAUUUAUUGCCACAGUUCGCAGUUUACAAGGUCGAACGUUAUCCCGACCAGUUGUUAGAGAUGAACGAAAAGCUGCAGUUCUCGAAACGUACUCUCAAUUUAUGAGUAUGGCUAAAGUAAUUAGCAAGAAUAUCACAAGUACAUACACUAAACUGGAAAAACUUGCUAUGUUGGCCAAAAAAAAAUCAUUAUUUGAUGAUCGACCCACUGAAAUUCAAGAGUUAACAUACAUCAUCAAGGGAGACCUCAGUUCUCUAAAUCAACAGAUAGCUAGAUUGGGAGAAAUGCCCAGGGGGAGACGCAGUAUGCACAGUCAUUCUUCGAGUGUAGUUGUUGCAUUACAGUCUCGUCUAGCAUCAAUGAGCAGUCAAUUCAAGCAGGUUCUUGAGGUGAGGUCUGAAAACUUGAAGCAUCAAAACAAUAGACGUGAACAGUUCUCCAGAGUAGCACCAGUGGUGUCAGAAGUGCCAACAUUGCUUCAGCAAGAUGAAGUUAGUAUUGAUUUUGGAGAUGCAUCUACCAGCCUCCAGGCGCAAACACAACAACUAGCUCUAAGAGAUGACACAGACUCAUAUGUUCAGCAACGAGCAGAGACUAUGCAUAAUAUUGAGAGCACCAUAGUUGAGCUUGGUGGCAUUUUUCAACAAUUGGCACAUAUGGUAAAAGAACAAGAUGAAGCUAUUGGUAGAAUUGAUGCUAAUAUUCAAGAAGCAGAAAUGAAUGUAGAAGCUGGUCACAGAGAAAUUCUAAAAUAUUUCCAGAGUGUAACAGGGAACAGAGCUCUUAUGUUUAAAAUUUUUGGUGUAUUAAUAUUUUUUUUCAUAUUCUUUGUAGUAGUAAUGGCAUAAAAUAUAGCUCAAAGAGCUUUAGAUCAAUACAAAUAUAUUAUGUAGAUAUGUAUUGUUAUUUUUGGGCUGAUACAAUAUAAUGGUUACUUGAGUUUACUAGUAUGACAACUACUAGUUCAACAAUAUGAUAAUG